AUGCCAAAAAAAACCCAAAAUUUGAACUUUUUUCAGGAAAAUUGCAAACUUUGCCCCGCGGGAAGGUACUGCUACGCGUACAACUUCGACAACCCGAAAGAGCCCGUCAUCAAAGGCACCAUUCUUCCCCCGGGGACUGCGCAGCUGGAGAGUUUCCCGUGCCCCCCUGGGACUUACACGACGACUUUCGCCAACACUUUGGAGCAGUGCACAUCUUGUGGGGCAGGGACGGGCUGCACGGACGGGAACCAAGUGGAGUACUGCGCGGCGGGCUACUACUGUCCCGCGGGGACUUACGACCACCGCUCGCUGCCCUGUCCCCCCGGGACCUUCAGCGCGGCCCGCAGGGCCUCCGCGCGCGCUGCAUGCGGAGACUGUCUCCUGGGGCACUUUUGUGCUGCUGCAGCGCAGCAGCAGCCCGACAAGUGCCCCGAGGGCCACUUCUGCGCCGCCCCGGGCCUCGCCCUCGCCACGCCCUGUCCCCCCGGCACCUACAACAGCAAGUGCGCCUCCAGCUGGCUAGCUGGCUAG